UAAUAACGUCCCCAAUACGGUGUUAAUGAACUCAGAUAUUUGUAUCAGUUGGUGUGCACUAAAAAUAGAUUAGUGACUAAUACACAACACAUGUAAGGCACCCAUUGGUCGUCUCCUUGUCGAAUAAGUAUUAUAAUAAAUUAUGGCCUGCUCAGUAGACGCGCCUUCCCUCAAGGACCUGCCCAAGGUGGCGACUGAUCUCAAAAGCCAGCUGGAGGGAUUCAACACUAGCUGCCUGAAGGAUGUGGAUACAAAUGAGAAGAUUGUUUUGCCUUCAGCUGAAGACGUAGCGAAAGAAAAACAACACACGGCACUUCUUCAAGGCGUUGAACGAUUCCAAAUGUCUUCACUCAGGCGAACGGACACCAUUGAAAAAAUUGUACUCCCAAAUGCCAUAGAUGUUGCCACAGAAAAAACUCAAAAAUCCCUAUUCGAUGGAAUUGAAAAGUUCGACGCUAGCAGGUUGAAACACACGGAAACACAGGAAAAGAAUCCGCUUCCCGACAAAGAUGUUGUCGCUGCAGAGAAGGCACACCAGAAUCUUCUAGAUGGGGUGGAACACUUUGACAAGAGUCAGAUGAAACAUGCGACCACAGAAGAAAAGAAUCCUCUGCCGCCUAUAGAAGCUAUUGAAGCGGAAAAAGAAAAGAACAAAUUCUUGAACGGUAUUGAAAACUUCGACCCCACCAAGCUGAAACACACAGAGACUUGUGAGAAGAACCCCCUGCCAACGAAGGAUAUCAUCGAACAGGAGAAAACCGCUUGAACGGCUCUAUCCAUUCAAUUCUCGCAACUAUAUUUCGCUAGUAUCGCCGUAUUUUAAAAACUCGAUGUAAGUUAUGUAACAAGACAGUUCGCGAAGUCGCUUUGUUUUUUAAAUAAUAAUAAAAGAGUCUGAAGGAUCAUACAAAUACAAUGUUUACUUCGUGAACUGUUCAUUAUCAUUAGUUUAUAGGAACCAAAAUUUCUAUGUCACUUUUACGGUAUAUAUUUUAAAUAAGUGUAUUUUAUGAGCAUAUUAUAAUUUAUUUCGUAUUGAAAUGGAUAAUUAACUAAUAAUGUCCAGUACUGAUUUAUUUAAGUCGAGGGUACUGCACUACAAUAAAGAGUAUUUAUUUACUUUUAUAUAGUGUGUGCUGGUGCUCUCUUUUAGUUGAGGUAUGAUAAGUAUUCAUGAGAUUUACGCAUCCAAGUGGUAUUAAGAAGGUGAUGCAUCUGGUCAAUAAAUUAGGAGUGUAGUUACCAAUACUUGUUUGGUCCUAAAUUAAAUUGCAGGCCUUAAUUUCUAUGUAAAUGUAGUAUUUUUUUAUAUUAUGUGGACUUAGAAAUUACUAAAAUAUCAUCGAACAUAAUACUAUUAUACAACUUGCUCAACCAUAUAAUGCAAAGUAAGAAUUGGUCUGGUUUAAAUAAUUGUUUGACAGAAAUGACAAAAUAAUAAUGUAAUCGAUGUGCAUAACAAUAAUAUUUUGUAUUGUAUACACGCCAAUAAUAUAAUUUUUCAAUUUUAUAGUAAUUAUUAAUUAUGCUGUCGAUGCCAAUAAACCAUUUUUAUCGAAAUUUUGUAUGUUUUACAGACGGUGCUUUUUUAUAAAUAUAUAUGAAAAAGUAUAACCUUGUAUUACUCUCUAUACUGUAAGCUAUAUAAGUUAAUAACUUAG